GGAGAAAACUGUGUAGGCCAAAAGAAGAACCAGAGAGAAGAAGAAGAAGAAGAAGGAGGAGGAGGAGGAAACAGUGUAUUGGUCAAAAGAAGAAGAAGAAUCAGAGAGAAGAAGAAAAAGAGAGAAAAGAGAAUAGAAGAAAGAGAAGUAGAAGAAGAAAACUGUGUAGCCCAAAAGAAGAAACAGAGAGAAGAAGAAGAAGAAGAAGAAGAAGGAGGAGGAGGAGGAAACAGUGUACUGGUCAAAAGAAGAAGAAGAAUCAGAGAGAGAAGAAGAAAAAGAGGGAAAAGAGAAAUAGAAGAAAGAGAAGUAGAAGAAGAAAACUGUGUAGCCCAAAAGAAGAACCAGAGAGAAGAAGAAGAAGAAGAAGGAGGAGGAGGAGGAAAAAGUGUAUUGGUCAAAAGAAGAAGAAGAAUCAGAGAGAGAAGAAGAAAAAGAGAGAAAAGAGAAAUAAAAGAAAAGAUCAGAAGAAGAAAACUGUGUAGGCCAAAAGAAGAACCAGAGAAGAAGAAGAAGAAGAAGAAGAAGAAGAAGAAGAAAAAAAGUGUAUAGCUCUAAAGAAGAAGAAGAAGAAGAAUUAAACCAUGGGAGGCUGAGGCGGGCCAUCGGUUACCUCUUAAUUAUCUCUCAGUACAGGGACUUUACUUGAUGAGUGAGGCAGAAAGAAGAACAAGAUGCAUUUUAACAAUGACGAAAUAGCCGCGUUUGCGGAGUCAGCAGGGGACCACGAGGGCCGGCUCACCCACAAGCCUCCCCCCAGGACACUGUAUGACUCAGCCUAUAAGGAGCGCUGGUUCAAGCUGAAGGCCAAUCUCCUGUUCUACUAUCGCCUCAACGAAUUUGGAGGCAUAGGAAAAAAUGAGCCGAGUGGUGUCUUUGUAUUGGAGAACAUUGAAGUCCAGAAGGAAGGGGCUUCUGAUGUCCCUUUUGGGUUUGCAAUCAAAUGGAAGGAUGAUAUGGAUAAAAAGCAUCUCUUCUUUGCCCAGUCAGAAGCAAGUGCUGUUACAUGGGUCAACAAAUUGAUCCAUGCGAGCUAUGAACACAUGAGAGCACAGAUGGUAAUGUUGAGAGUCCAAAUUAGAAGAAAGACAGGAAAGGAUCCUCUGGAGCACUUUGGGACCCCCCUUAUCCAGCGAACAUCAAGAAUUCGUGCUAAAGGCAAGUCACAAUUUCAUGUGGAUUUGGAGGAAGAGGAAGGUCAUGCAUCACAGAACUUGCCACUGAACUCCAUGGCAAGACUUCUGGUUCAGCGGAGCCCAGAGGGGAAGUGUCAUUCAAUACAUGGUUUACCAUCAAUGAACUCGACUACGAAGGUGGAAAUUUCAAAAAGUUCGUCAUUAAGAGAGCCAUCAUUAAGAGAGCCAGUGCGUGCUGCUCCACUCCCUCCACCCAGGAAGGGAAGGAAACAAAAUGCCGGAAAUGGACAUACAGUUGUGGAUGAUUUAGUGCUAGGAAUAGGCAGCGACCAAGUCUUGAUAGCAACGGGCCGCGACCAAUCCUCGUUCAAGUGCCACAUAGAGGAUGAUUGUUUGUCCAGCAAGCAGACCAACCUGCUGGACUAACUGCUGCCUCAGCUCCAUGCUCUUGUGUCUGCUUCACACUGAAUCUCAUCCUGGUGACUCGUCCGUCUGAAACAGUCAGUUGUUAAUGGAAUGUUCUGAUUAUUAGUGGAAUGUUGAGUGCUAUUUACCUAAUUAGUCCUCAGGUGCCUUAUAAGAACUGUAAUGUUUUGUGAUAGAAGCAUACAUGUAGCUAGGAGGUGCCUUGUUCAGGGUUACUUCUUACAUCCUUAUUGUCAUUAUUUGUCCCUGCAAAAUUUGAAUAAAUGUUUACUUUAAAUUUAUAUAAUUUUCUUGGAAAAAAGACAGUUGAUAGCAACACAAGAAAGAGUGGCCCUGUUGCGCCUUCUCAUUCUUUACCUCAUGUUCACACCCUGAUAAGGUGCUGCUGAUGGGGAGGGGCUGCUGCUGAUCACAGUGUUCUCUACAUCUCUACCAAAGUGUAUUUUAAGAUUGUAUAUUUAUUUUCUUCAGAUUUUAGUUUUAUAUUUUGGUGUCAGACAAUAUGAUGACCCAGCAAUGUUUAAAAGUACUGUGCCAGUCCUAUCAGCCGCCAGUGGCUUAUCUGGAUGGAGGGAGGAAGGAAAGCCCGGAAGAGGGUGAGGUAGUUUCCAGUACACCUUGAGGGUACAGGGAGACCAUUACCCUCAAAUCUACAUAACUUGAUUUUCUGAAUUUCAGGUUUACUGUUUGAAACCUUCUAUCCUUAAACUCUCCAUCCAGGAGCUGAACACCUGCAAAAAGGAGAAACUAUACAUUCCACUUUUAUCCACUUAGUGGCUUGUGUUUACAUGCUGGUGGCUUUUGAUUAUAUUGGAUUGUACUCCACCAAGUGCUGCCAGUCAAACCGUGGCCUUCAGAAUACAAGUCAGGGCAGCAUCAGUGACUUGGUUGGUUUGCUGCCUUGACUUCUGAAGGCCUGGGUAUCAUUACCAGCACUCAGUGGUGUGCAUUUUGAGAUUUUUCACUGCAUUGUUGCAGUUUGUCUAAUGUUUUGAUAUUUGUAUGGUAAUUUUAUGUAUAUUUAUCCACAAUUGUAUGCAUCCCUAUAAUCUUGAAUUUUCAUUUUAGUCUGUGUUUACAUGAGUUGAUAUUGAUCAAGACUGAUUGUAAGACAGUCUCCAUACUGUUUAAUGGCAGACACACACUCACAUAUAGUCUUGUCUUUGAUGAUAUUUGAUUCUCACACAAAGCCUUUGUUUACAAUUUACACAACUGUUGAUGACAAUACUAGGUUAGGUAGUGUAAAUCAGGGCUGUUGGUACACAUUUAGGACAUUGGGGCCUUAGUCCGGUUCUGUAGAACCACAAGUGUUGGUCUGGGGCAUGAUGCUCCCAAAUAAUUUUUUUGUAUUUUGACAGUUUUCCUGCCAUCUCUGGCCAACUGAGAAAAAACAAACAAAUACCGUAAAUCAAUUCCUGCAAAGAUACAAUACUAAACUAAACAGAUUUGAGGCUAAAGCUCUGAAAUCCCUCCCCAACAAUGGCCCUGGUGUAGAUAAGAGUUUGGUCAUGGUCGGUGUGGUUGAGUCACGGUAGUUUAGUACAGUAGGAAUGGCACAUGAAAGCAGGGCAGGAAUGGUACUAGUUUAGUACAGUAGGAAUGGCACAUGAAAGCAGGGCAGGAAUGGUACUAGUUUAGUACAGUAGGAAUGGCACAUGAAAGCAGGGCAGGAAUGGUACUGUCAUGGUAGGGGUGAGGAUGCUUGGUUUUCAUGUUUACUUUUGGUGCCUCCCUAAUCAUACUUUACUGUGAUAACUUUAGUCUUCCUCGUUACUUCCAUGUAUAAAUUUAAAUGUUGAUUAAUAUCCUCAAAACUAAAAUGGAGAAAUAGUAUAUCUUAGAGAGGAUUAUGCAAGUUUCAGAACCAAUUCUUAAAUGUGACAAAAAGACAGUUGAAAGGAAUGAAUCAGCAUGCAAGGUCUCUCUCUACUUUACCUGUAUGUACUUCAAACUGUGGUGGAUGGGGGCUGUACUGUGUGUAUGCAUAUUAGUAUAACUGUGCGUGUGUAUGUGCAUGUUGCUGCGUGAGUGUAUACUUGCAUGCAUGUCCGAGAGAGAGAGAAUUAUUAGAGGUAACACUCUGUAUGGCUCAUUCAAAGUAGUACUUCUAUAUAUUAUGUGGAAUAAACAGCCAACAAGAUGUGAUUGGGAUAUCUAAUUGAGGACCUCCUGACCCAGUGCCUUAUAUCCAUCCUAAGGAAAUUAUACCAGAGUUUGUUUGAAGGUGCAGUCAGGGCACUUUAACCCUUAGACGGCGGCAGUAUUUGAAGA